AUGAUCAAAAUGUGGGUUUUAUUUUUAUCUCGUGGUAGAUAUCGAUGUCGUAGCACAGAACGACGUGUGCAGUGGAACACGCGAGACUCGGGGCGCAAGAGCUUUACCGGGGUCCAGGGAACAUCACAUCGACACCUGUACGUUCAAACUCCUUCACUGGGGUACGGUCAACACGGAGCUCAACCAAGUCGAGCUCACCACAAGACAACCUGUUACGGCCUUAAAUGGCGAGAGUUGAAUAUAAGCAGAAACCAAUUCGAUCCAUAUGCAAGUACAAGUAAUUCGUAUGGUCGUUUUAUCCCUUUAUAUAUGAGCUGCCAAACUCAUAAACUCCCGUCCCUAGAAUACCCGAAUCAGACGCAAGCCAUAUCAGGCACAUGA